UGUUCGGCCUUGUUGGGCUGUGAUAUGAAUUUUACUGUAGCUCGGACGGAGUUCACAAUGAGGGCGUGGACUCAACACGAUAGCCUUGGCUGGUGCUAAAGUUACAUGAGGAUACUAACAAAGCUAACUUGUCGCUAGCUAGAGCUGAGCUAAGCUCAGUCAUGCAUUGAUAAUAUAGGACAUUGUGAACGUCAGGUUUUUGCCAAACGGGACUAUGGGCGUCUCUGGUGAUUCUGUUUUUAGCCAAGUGGUCUGCUGCUGAGCAAUGCGGAAGACAUACUGUCACCGGAGAAACAUGAGAAGCCCCUGCCUGCAGAGAAAUAAGUCGCAGAUUUUUUUCUUAAGCAGUCCCACAAGCGCCGAAUUUAUCAAAGUGUCCGGUUCCAGGAGUAGUUGGCAGCUCAGUGACUAUUUGCUAGUUUUGGCGUUUAAGAAAAUACCCCCAUACCAUUACAAUUUCAACAUACAGUAAAGGGCAUCGCUGUAACAACUUUCCAGAAAUCCCAUACGUCUAGAGAGGAGAAAAGGUGUCUGAUCCUGUAGUCCCCACCAUCACUUAGUGUUAACAUUUGGAACCAUGUGGAACCCAGCGAACAGUAACGACCAGACGGGACAAGUGGCUGCCAGGAUGGAGACUACACCGUCUUUGGGUAGUGCGAGCAUCUCCAUCUCCCAGCAGCAGGCGCCCAAGAAAUUUGCCCCUAUGGUUGCACCCAAGCCCAAGUUCAACCCUUACAAACAGAUGGGAGACCCCGCCCACUCUGACCCUGCAGACUACCCUCCCCCUCCACCACCUGCCGAAGAGUCAACCGGUUUCUCAUCUUCCCCUGGUUCCUUCCCCCCUCCACCACUGAACUCAUACGACUAUCAGAUGAAAGGACCAGAGAAGACGCUGGAGGAGAGACGCUCCAGUCUGGAUGCUGAGAUCGACUCCCUCACCAGCAUCCUGGCAGACCUGGAGAGCAGCUCGCCCUACAAGCCACGGAGCACACAGAACUCUGGAUCCUCAGCAGCCUCCACUCCUAAUGCUCCAGUAACUGGUUACAAGCGUAUGGUCAUUCCAACUCAGCCACCUCUGACUGCCACUAAGAAGUCUACACCCAAACCUCAGGCUCCUGGGGGAGUCUCCUCUAUCCCCCCUUCCUCUGCCAGCCCAGCGGCCAAGCCUCAGAGCCACAUGACUCCUCAGCCUGUCCCAGCUUCCUACGCUACAGCCUCAACCCCAAGCCAGCCCACCUUCAACGUCCAGGUGAGGUCGGCCCAGCCCGGCCCCCAGCAUCAAGCCCCAGCAGGGCACCAUUUUGGCCAGCAGCCCAUUCGCAGCCCUGCACAGGUGCAGUACAUGCCUGCUCAGCCCAAAGGUCCCGACUUUGCCUAUGGACCGCCACAGCCUGGCUUCUCUUCGAUGGCUCAGGGUGUGUAUCAGGAGCAACACCAUCCAGGAGUACCUCAAGUAGGUGGGUUAAGCUCCAGGAGACUUGACCCUGCCCCUACUCAAGUAUACCAACCUGCCGGCCCCAAGAAGACCUACAUUACAGAUGUACCACCAAGCUUGGCUUCCUACACCUCUGGACCAACUGUCCCACCAAAGGGCAGUGCUCCUAUGGCCCACCCUGAAGAUGAACUAGAGCGUCUGACCAAGAAGAUGCUGUUUGACAUGGACAACCCUCCAUCUGAGGAAUAUUUUGGGCGUUGUGCCAGCUGUGGAGAGAAUGUAGUGGGUGAAGGCACCGGCUGCACUGCCAUGGACCAGGUCUUCCAUGUCGACUGCUUCGUCUGCAUGACCUGCAGCACCAAGCUGCGUGGCAAACCCUUCUACGCUGUGGAGAAGAAGGCGUACUGCGAGCCUUGCUACAUUAACACCCUUGAGACCUGCACCAUCUGCAGUAAGCCCAUCAUGGAGCGCAUCCUGCGAGCCACAGGGAAAGCCUACCAUCCUCACUGCUUCACCUGUGUGGUGUGCCACCGCAGCCUGGAUGGCAUCCCUUUCACCGUGGAUGCUUCCAACCACAUCCACUGCAUCGAGGACUUUCACAAGAAGUUUGCUCCACGCUGCUGUGUGUGCUCUGAGCCUAUAAUGCCAGCGCCGGGCCAAGAGGAGACUGUCCGCAUUGUGGCCCUGGACCGUGACUUCCAUGUGCAGUGUUACCGUUGUGAGGACUGUGGCUCUCUGCUCUCAGAGGGGGAUAACCAGGGCUGCUACCCUCUGGACGGACACGUCCUCUGCAAAAACUGUAACACCAGCCGCAUCCAGGCCCUCACCGCCAAGGCCACCACUGACCUCUGAACAGCCCACUGCCCGGUCACCUCCACUGUGAUAACCCAGUGCUCUCUCUCUCUCUCUCUCUCUCUCUCUCUCUCUCUCUCACUCUCUCUCUCUCUCUCUCACUCACUCUCUCUCACUCUCACUCGCUCUCUCUCUCUCUCUCCCUCUCUCUAGCUCUCUCUCUCUCUCUCUCCCUCUCCCUCUUUCAUUCUCUCUCUCACAGACAUACCCAUCCACAGACGCUUGCAUUCCUCAGCGUUCACAUAUAUAUCCGUCUAUAUAUAUUCACCUUCAGUAAGCAAUAGCAUCACACAUUCACCUGCAUAUAUUAUCUAUUGACUCGGUACAAUCACAGCAGAAAAGAUUGUGUUUUUAACUGUGUUUUUGUUCAAGGACUAGUUUGACAUUUUGGGAAAUAUGUUUACACACUGCCUUGCUGAGAGUCAGAUGUUCAGUCUUCCCAUCCAACUCUCAAAGCAAAAGCAAAUAAGCAUUUUCCCACAAUGUCAAACUAUUGCUUAAAAUCACUCCAAAUCCAUCAGUAUACAUCAUCACUCAGUGUUAUUGUCUCAUAUCAUAAUUAUCUCCACCCUGUAUCUUUCAGCCAUGGUGCACAUCCAUGCGUGUAUGCAUGCAAGCCCAAAUUUUCCUUGCAGACUGGCUCUUGUGAUCUAAAAUGGAGUCUGACUCCAGCAGAACAUGCUAAAUAUUUGACACAUCUGCCCUGCAGGUGAAGACGUCGUGGAUGGAUGUGGAUGGAUGUGUUUAGGACCGUAGCUUUAGCAAUAUUUAGAAAAACCGUGAGCGUACAAUAAAUCGUUUAGAACAUUUUCAGUUCAUUCUUUAAUCUUUACUACAGUGCAAAUCCACUGACAGUACACAAAGAGGGAUACAAUUACACACUGAAGCUUAUUAUUACAAAACAGUUCUGUUUUGUAAUAGUUCUGUUUUGAACACCAAAGAAUUGAAUUUAAACUGCCAUAUUUCCUGUGUACUGAUUUUGUAUGCAACUAUUACCUUCAGUGUGUUGAUUGGGACCACAGGAAUCACAGGACCACAUAACAGUCAUUUUCAGUGUCAAGAACUAAUUUUGCAAUAGACAGCUGUUGAAUGCAAUUCCCCUUUUUGACACAAUAAAUUUUUUUGUAAUAUCCUAUAGAAUUUGCUUUGAUGUAUAUCAUUAGAUUAUUUUCUGUUAGCCUGAACAGUACAAUCAUGACAUUACAUUCAUAUAAAUAUGACCUUAUAUUUGAGUUUAAUUCUUAAAAUUUUUGAGCAGAUGGAAAUCCUUAUUUACCGUUAAAUCAGUGAUUGUACUGUGAGCAGUCUGGCAGGGAUGACAAAUAUGACAUGGCUAUGCAAUUUUUAAUGUUAAUUGCAUUGACACUUUACAAGAAAUUUUAUGAAUAAGGAAAUAUUUUACCUGUACAGAUUCAAGCAUAAGUGUCCUUAUAGUAAUCCUUUAAUCAAAACUAUGCUGUUGGUACUAUGUGACUUUGUGUGUCACUGUGCUAUAUGUCAGUAUUGAUUGUUCCACUGACACUCGUCUUUUAUAUUUAGUGUUGGGUUGUUGUUUUUUUUUUUGACGGCGAAGAAGGGACCUUGAGAGUUUCCCAAACACAACUGAUUUUUUUAAUUUUUUCCAUUAAGGGUGACGGACCAGUAGUUUCACUGAUUGAUUUUAUAGUUACUCCAAUAUAAUUACUGCAGCAGGAAGACAUUUGAUAAUGGUGAGUUAAAUGUACUCUGUGGAGUUUUUGACCAUUAAGUAGCACAGUGCAACAAUGUUUAUAUGAGCUCGUUCCUUUUUUGUUUGAAUCUUGUCAUCCAUGGUACCUUUGCGUACCAGUGUAAGAAAGUGAUCUGUAGCAAAAUGACUACAAAGAGACACAAAACAACAACAAAAUUCAACAAGAACAACUACAAAGAGACAAAAAAAUUAUUUCAAAGAGGAGCAAAAUGACCUCAAGAGAUACGCAAAACAAGUACAGAGCAAUAUGAAAUAACUAAAAAUCACAACUACAAAAUUAAAGAAACAACUACAAAGAGACACAAAAUGAUCACAAAGACACACAAAACAACAACAAAAUUCAACCAGAACAACUACAAAGAGACAAAAAAAUUAUUACAAAGAGACACAAAAUGACCACAAAGACACACAAAACAACAACAAAUCUUAAACAAAACAACCACAAAAUGAAUAACAACUGCAAAUAGAUGUAAAAUGACUUAUAAAGAGGUUUUGUGCCUCUUUCAGUAUAUGAGAGGGAGGUGGGGAUCCUUUAAAAUGACGAAGGGUCCAUUGUUCAUAACUACAGUUAUCACCGAGCAUGUUGGUGAUGAGAUACACAUUUUUUGCAACUGGUGGUUGAUUCCACUGAUUGACCAAUGGCGCCAGUGAUAAAGAAGUGUGGCGAUUCACCUGUAAAAGCCAUGAACAACUACACACUUGUGAAAUGGAUGUAAACAUUGCUCAAUAUAGAACAUUCAAACAAUUUUGUGAAUUCAAAAUGUUUUAUGAAAAUGGAAAUGACUUCAACAUGUUUGUUGGACCUCAAGUAUACACAUGAUGCAUUUUGGUGAGAAACAGUGACUGUAAACAUAACUUAAACUUGUUAACAAGAAAACUCCACAGGGUAACUUUAAACAACAAAGCCAAUGUAAUUCAUAAGUACUGGUUUGCUAAUUCAUUAUUUGGAUUGGUUUUCAGUCAACCACAUCAUAUUUCCCAAGCCCCAAUCACAGAUGUCUUGUGCAUGUGGAUUUAUAUGUUAUUAACAUUAUAAUUAUACUUUUCAGAGGAUUCUCGUUACUUUUUCUUGCUGUUUUCCUCACUCAUUAAGUAGUUUUGUCUAGUGCCAUUUGGAUAUGAGAAAGUGACAAACAAACAAAAGAAAAUCCAUAUAUAUUGUAUCUCUUGUAAUCAGCAUCUGGUUACGGCAGACUUGGAUCAAUUUGACUGUAGCAAUGUUUUCACCAGGGUAACACAUUGUAAAUAACUGUGCUAAUAAGGUCAUUAAUAAAUCAACAGUGACUGGUAAUUUCACAGUAAUCAGGCCUUUGCUACCACAUGUUGUCUGCAUAAAAAGAGGGAAAACUAUGGACCAUUUAAAAUAUAAAGGAGUAUUUAACGUUCCCUAAAAACAGUAAAAACUGUGUUGGAGCUGAAGGUGAGAGGGUGGCACAGUGGUUGGAAACUUUAUUUGGUUAGCAGACAUAUGUACAGACAGAACCAGCCUUACAUGCCUCGAGCAGGAAGCUAGUGAAGGCUGGUCGACGAGAAGGUUAGGCAACCUAAACUCUAUAUCCUGAGGAAUUUUUUCAUCAAUAUUCGAAGUGCACAUUUAGCCAGAUCCAAGUUCAUCGGUCACAUCGAAAUCCAAAAGACAACAAGACUUUUACAGCUUAAGAAAAUCAUAUCAGAUGAGUGCAAUGCCUGGGAAAGAAAUUGUAAUGUGUCUCAAAGACAUGUUAGUGUAUAAACAGUGUCAAAAACGCAAGCUAGCUAGACUAUUUAUAGCCAUCUUGAGCAUCCUUUAUAGUUUUAGUAUUAAUCUAAGUCUGUGUUUCUUUCCUCUACUUUGAAAAGAUACAUUCCCAAAAACAAUAUUAUGUUCAUACUUAUAAUACCAUAUGACGCUUGACUGUUAGACAUCCGAUUACCAUUGGUUGUUAGGCAACAGAGGACAAAAAAUACACACUGCAUAUAUCACUAUGUCACUUGUGUUGCUAGGUUUCAACUCACAGAGAUGUUGCUGGGGAUCCUAAGUCACCAUCUCAUGCUGGCAGUCUGUUAAAGGUCGAUAGAGAGCCCUCUGACCCGCUCGGACAAUUAGAGAGCAGUGUUAAAUAUGUGAGUAGAGUUUUACAUCUGGUGAUGAAAACACAAAUGAAUCAAGAGAGAGAGAACAAUCUUUCAUCCCUGUUUUCAAUGAACAAAAAAAAGUAAAGCGAUGCCAGAAAUGUUUACAGCAUAUGGUCAAACCUUGUGCAUGUUUGAGAAGAAAUGCCGGUAUUAUAUGCCAGAAGCCGUGUUAUUGUGUUAUAACUUUUAAGAUCUUUUACCAUCACACAGGAUUUGAGAUAAUUUAAAGUUACACUAAUUAAUAUUUUCAUAUUAACAAUGGAUUAAAUAACUAAGUGUAAUGUGAAAAGUGUCGCUCCUGGUGAUGAUUCCACAAUUUCACUAAACAUCUUUCAGCUUAUUGUUUUUACUUUGUGCACCUUAACUGUUUUGGUUCACACGAACCAAUAGAAUUAUUCUUGUUUUCACUCACAGAGCUGCAGUAGCUAUGGUUCCCCAUGCCAACAGUACAAGAUGACAAUAUGUCAGUAUUGCGUUCCCAGCUUGUUGCAGGUUAAAGGCAGAUAUUUUAACACAGAUUAGAUGGCAAGCACCUUUUAAAUUAAGAGCGCCAAGCUGCACAGUACACGGUAAAGAAAUUCUAUAAAACCUGAUGAAUGUCUUUUGCAGAUAUUUUGUUCAGUAUUUUAUUACUGGCUUAUUAGCACAUUUUUUCACAACACGUACCCUGGCCUGGUCCAUCAGUACAGAGUUUAAUCUCUGCUGUAAGUUGUGCCAUUAAAGCUGUGUCUCCUGAUCGUGGUAUUCAUAUGGACAGUCAGUGAACACAUCACACAUCUUUGUGGGAGCCAUUCUGACGUGAAUCUUCUCAAAAAAGUUUGAUGCUACAAGUAUAAAGAAAAGACCAUUUAAUGAUUUUUUAAAAAUGUUUUCAGUGUAUUUGUGUUGUCUACUGUCUUUGUUCUGCCCAUGUUUGUUAAAGUGCCUUUGGCUGAACAGUAUUGAAUCACUAUACUGUUGCUGUGUGUUACAUAUUUUGCCGUGCCUCGCUCAAAGGUUUUGCCUUGUUUACUUGUCUUUGCCAAAGUAAAUAAACAGGAUCCCUUUUUUUGGGCCAACUCUAAAUCCAUACAAUAGCUGUUUCCAUCAUGUAUGGUGUUUAAGGCUUCAGCAGCAGAGUCUUAAAUGGUGAAACAAGUGUGGAAUUUGCCUUAGAGAGCUUGACCCUCUGUUGUUAAAGUUAAGCAUCUCAUCUGUUCUUGAUCAUUGGAAGGGGCAUGAAGUCAACUGUUGUUUCUUCUUCUUCAAUAAAAGCUUUGCAAUAGCA